GCCGUCGGACUUAACGACGUCACGCAACCUGGCGGCUCCGUUGAAGUGUCAAGUGUUGUUGUGACCAGUUCACCUGAUGAACAGGAAACUCAACCUGAGCGCAGGUGUUCCCUCGUUUAGCUGCAACAGAGUAGUCGAUCGGCAGGUAGUAGCGCGUGCGACGUUAAUGAGUGGGAGAUAGGACGCGAACCCAUGAGGGACUUCUCGGUGUGGGCCAGUAAACAAGUAGAGACAUAUCCCACGUCUAAAGUUUCACAUGAACCUGUCGUAAAAAAACAAACAACAACAACGAAGGUAAUUUAACUAAGGACAGAUGACCUUUGUUGUUGUUUUGACACAAUUGUGUCAAAACGGACCGGAGUCGCAGGAGAAGUGCCUGGACGUUAUUCUGUUUCAAUGUAACACCCCGGAUGUGUUGCUGCUGCGGAGCAGCGGAUUGGCCUCUUUGUUGUGUGGUCUGAGAGCUUCACGUGACCACUGUGAUGGCUUUGUGUUGCACACAGCCCAGCAGAGGCCUACUGGCACUGUUAGUUUAGGACCAGUUUAAUCGGCCUGAACAGACGGACGGACGGACGAAGGAAAUCAGGCCAAUGCAGUUGUAUUAUUUAUUUUUUAACCAUCAAGUACUUGAAUCAUUGUAUGAAUUCCGGGUGUACAGGCUGCAUUCAGGCGGUCACCCUUAAUGUGACCGAGGGGAACACCACCUGCAUCAAGGCUGAUCUCUCCGCAACCUUCUCCAUCACAUACAACACCUCCAGCAGCACAAGAACGGUGCAGGUCCCUCUUCCCAACUCCACCGUGGUCGACGCAGGUCGCAAAUCAUGCGGCACAGACGGUAGCUCGCCAUGGCUGGUGGCGGUGUUUGGAUCAGGCCACGCGCUGGGGCUGAGCUUCUUAACCAACGGCAUCCUGUACAGUGUUGCUAACCUGACGCUGCAGUACAACCUCAGCGACGCCUCCAUCUUCCCGGAGGCUAACAGAUCCGGCGUGGUCAUUGUGGUUUUGCCUUCAGUUGGGAUCUCGGCGACAAUCAACACCACCUACCGCUGCAUGAGCCCCUCCACUUUUGGAGUUGGCGGAGCAGCUGUCACCUUCUCCGAUAUGAGGCUUGAGGCGUACAUGCCAGGAAACGACCUGAGUCCGACAGAAAGCGUAUGCACGGCAGAUCAGACCAGCACUACGGCUCCACCUACCACUGCCGGCACGACGACCACCGCAGCUCCAGCGCCGCCCCCGCCAGGAACACCCGAGCGGGGAACCUACUCGGUAAACAACCUCAACGGCACUGUGUGCCUCCUGGCCCAGAUGGGACUGCAGCUCAACGUCUCCUAUUUCUCUCUAUCGCAGAACAAGACCAUCCAAGAAUUAGUCAACCUGACUCCCAAUCUGACGCGUUCAUCCGGAUCAUGUGAAGCCAGCAGCGCUUCUUUGGUUUUGGCACAGGAGGGAAGCAGCACGCUCAACUUCACCUUCACUCUGAACUCCACGAGCAACAAGUACCACCUGAGUGGGAUAACUCUGCUUGCUAAUUUGUCAGAUGCAACUGCGCCCUUCUCAGCCAGCAACACUAGUCUGGACUACCUACGGAGUACGUUGGGCCACUCCUACAUGUGCAACGCAGAGCAAACUCUGGUUGUCGCGACAACCUUCUCUCUCAACACAUUCAGACUGCAGGUCCAACCCUUUGAAGUCACCACCAACCAGUUUGCUACAGCGGAGGAGUGUCAGGUGGACCAAGACCAGAUGCUCAUCCCCAUCAUUGUCGGAGCAGCUCUCGCCGGCCUGGUGCUGAUCGUCCUCAUUGCAUAUCUGAUCGGCAGGAGGAGGAGCCAUGCUGGAUACCAGACCAUCUGAACAUGAGCCAGGGUGUGCGAGCAAGUAGUAGACUGUGGAGGCGUGAGUGAGUGGAAGCAGUUUACUCUGUGGCAAGUGCAUGUUUUUGCAUAUCCUCUUUGACCUCUGGAUAUUUUUUAUUUUCCUUUCACUUUCUCUGUGAUGAGAAGCCAAAGACCUGCUAGCUUCAGAUGGUUUGCAUCUUGAUGAAGCCCGAGAGGACAGAGUCUUUACACAAUCAAGGGCGGAGGCAGUUGGAAGUUUCUGUAGCAAGUUCACCGCCAGCUGUCGACUCUUGUCCCAUUAUGUUCUCGGAAUUGGUUGAAUUUGCUUGAACUGCUGUUUUCAGCCAUGUCAUUAUUUAUUUAAUAUGCAAUUAACGAGGCAGGAGGAAGGUCAAAUGAGCUGUAGGACAAAUGUAUUUUUCUAAGUUGUUGUGGUUUGUGUGCGCAAGUAAAAACAUUUCAAACAUG